ACACGCCCUCAAGUUUGGAAACGGUGCAGUGGAUUCGUGGGUUUCUUUCCCCUCAGCUGCACAUUUCACCGGGAAGAGAACAGAGAACCGCUUCUGUGUCCCGAAGCCUCUUUCUCCCUUCCCUCGUCCUUUUCCGCUUUGGUGAGUUUAGCCGUCGAGUGGAGCGCAGCCUGCCGCGUUUAGCUCCCUGUGGUGCGGAGACAGAGGGAAAUCCACCUGCCGGAGAGCGGACACACCUCGGGAUGGAUGCCCUGAAAUCUGCCGGCAGAGCGAUCAUUAAGAGCCCCGGCGUCCCGCGACACACCUGGGGAGCUUCGAAGCAUGAAAAGUUGCCAGAAAACUGGACGGACACAAAGGAGACCCUGCUGGAGGGGAUGGUGUUCAAUGUGAAGUACCUUGGUAUGACUCUGGUGGGACAACCAAAAGGAGAGGAAAUGGCGUCAGCUGCUAUUCGAAGAAUUGUUGCAACGGCCAGAGCCGGUGCCAAGAAGUUUCGGAAAGUAACCCUGACAGUGUCUCCAAAGGGCAUUGUCAUCACAGACACAGAGACUGCAGAUCUAAUAGAGAAUGUCUCUAUAUACAGAAUCUCAUACUGCACCGCAGAUAAAACUCAGGACAAGGUCUUCGCUUACAUUUCCCAAAGCCAGUUCAACGAGACUCUCGAGUGUCAUGCAUUCCUCUGCCAAAAAAGAAAAGUUGCUCAGGCUGUGACCUUAACAGUAGCUCAGGCAUUUAAAGUAGCAUUAGAUCUUUGGGAAAUUGCUCAGGAAGACAAAAGCAAGAAGGCAAGGAGCUGCUGCUCCUGCGCAGCCAAUGAUGGACAGAUGGUAACGACAGAGAUGCAGUGUGUUCCGACAGCCUCCCAUUCGCACCUGCAGUCCCCGUCGCAUUCAUCGGUGCAUAAGCCCACCGCGAUGGAGGAGAACCCCCGGAGGCCCUUCUUCUCCGCUUCUCUUAGCUCGCCGUCGCCUCGCAGUAACCCCACCCGGAGACGUCCGAUUAAACAUGACUCGUGGGAUGUGGAGGACGGAUUCGAUGAUGUUUUCUCGAGCAACAUGGAGGUAGAAGAAGCAGACACUGACUGGCCGAGCCCCACUCCGAACCCGUCUCUGACAAUGCAGCUCUGAGUCCCUGGGAGGUCUCUGCAGAGAAUCUGCUGCCGUUCGGCAACAAUUAUUUUCAAUAGCACCAGCUGGCAAUAGCUGCCCGUCAUAGAAACUUAACAGAAAGCACACACUGGUGCCCAAGACGGGCAGAAAACAAACAACAUAUUCUACACAGUCCCAGUCAGGGACGCAGUGAUAUUUUUGUGCAGAGGAGCCAAAAUGAGCUGACAUUAUAAAAGGAUCUCCAUCUUGCAGUCUGCUUGCUAUAAGCAGUACAUCAUGACUUGCAUUCAGAUUCGUACAAACUACCCAGUGAAAUAUGACUCACUCAGUGAACAGUGCAUAAAUGUCAAGAAAGAACAAAGUAUCUACACAGUGAAAUUCUGAUCACAGUAAAAGCUGCCUAAAAAGUCUAUUCAUCACAAUCCAGAAAUGUGUUUUUACUCACUUGCUUGUGGAAAUGGGAAAGCCCUUUAAUCUUUUUUUUGGCUGCCAACUUCUCUGAAAGGAAUCCAAUGUUUGAAUCAUCAGAUGCUGGCCUAAUACGGAAUAAAUUACACUGUACAAGUGUCGCCUAGAUCAUGUUUUUCUCACCGUGCCAGAUUCAAACCUUCAAACCAUCCAUUGUUACUGUUCUGACUAUAUCAACAAAUCGCAUCAAGUACUAAAUGGAAGUUUAAAUAUAUGGCAAAUCAACCAGGAACCUGGAAGCAAGUCAAACACUUAGGCAACUAUGUGGCGAAGACAACUUGGGACUUUUCUUGCGGAGCCAAACAACAGUCCAAAAAGUGAAAAUAUUUGGUUGAGUGGACAAAAAAAAAGGUAUUGUUGAUGUCUGAAGCCGGAGGAGAAUUGGCAGACUGAUUUGAGGACAUAAAAAGAGAAGCAGUAGCUCAGUUGUUACAACCAAAGUGUGUGGGAUACAAUCUCUGAAUCCACAACAUGACAAAUAUUAGAGCAGGACGCAAGAUGGAAAACCAGGAGUUCACUCCUGCUUCAGUAAAGGCUCAUCAAAACGUGAUGACGGCCUAAUGUUCAGAUGGUGGGGUCAGAAUUUGGUGUGACAUCAUGAAGCAUGGUUCCAUCUUGCCUUGUUUUUGGCUUUUGGUCGUGGUACAAUGGUAUGGUGAUUAUGUUUUUGCCACACUUUUGACUCUUUAGGACCUAAUGAGUUUUGGUUUAAAAGUUCCAGCAUUGUUGAUAACCACGACUUUAUGACUAUCCAUCCCUUAGUGGUUACUUUAAGCAGGAAAAUGCAAUUACAAAACAUAAAAAUGCCCAUCAAGUUGAUGUAUCCCAAUUGCCUCCAUUGUCACCAGAUCAUAAAGUUGGGCGAUAGAAAAUGUACAUUAUGGAUGGUCAUUAGAUAAAAAUUUCCCAGUAAUAAAAACAACUGGGACUGUGCCAGAAUACGAUCUUUAAACAAAAAGGAAAGGGAAAUGUGUCUCAUUAAUUAUUAUGAUCUUCAAAAUAAAGGUUUUUACUACCUGCCAUGUUGGUUCGGCACAUAAAGAGCUUUGGAAAGAGACAUUGUCGUGUUUGGCUCCAUCUGUCUGGAACAUUUUGCAGCAGAAUCUGUCACUGUCAAGUUUAACUUCAUUGUUGUUCUCUAAACAUUUUUCAAGUGGUUUUUAAAAACUCCAAAAACCUCUACAUGUUUUUAAAAUGUUCUCUCAGGAACAUUGCUUUUAAACUUACUGCACCUGGGUCAGCUGAUUGUUAUGUUGCUUUAAUCUGCCUGUUUUUUUUAAGUCAUUUACAAAUUAGUAUUCUAUAACAUUUGAACAUUUUUUUUUCAACUAAUUUACUUUAUCACUCUAUUUUAUAACAGCUUACCUGGGACUGUUUUGAAAAUGAAACCUCAUCUUUCAAUGGGACUCACUUGUAUAAAAAAGGGAAUAUGAAUAAAUUAAUUCUCUACACAAUCAAGCUUAUUUGUCUUGUUAACUUAUAUUUAUGGCUUAAAUUAUAAAUAUAAUGUUAUACUAACUGAAAUUCCCAACUUCUCGUCAGUAUUUAUAAAUAAUGAUGUGCACAAGAGGCACACGCAUAGUUUCAAGCAUAAUUAAUUUUUAAUAGUUCUAAUAGUUAACAUAUAUAAUUAAUGAAUUGAGGCUUGAAUCAGGCUUAAAACAUUAAAGCAAUCUACUUACAUUUAUUUAUAUAUUUUUUACUUUUAAUGUCUUAUUUCACCAACUCAUCAUUAAAUCCAGCAGCGGCUCCUCUCUCUGGCAGGAACAGGUUGGCAUUACAGCAACAUUACUUUCAGCUGUUUCACUGGUGUGCUUUUUAAUCGCCCACAUUUAUCAUCAUCUCAUUUAUUCAGCCGUCACUGUACAUAAAGAUGGUGUCAGUGUUAAAGAAAAGUGAUGAUGCUGCAGUAAAACUGUAAUUUCACCUCCUACGUCUUUGAGUAAAGGUACCUAUUUCCUAAUGUUGUAUUUUUCAUUGUGGUGAGCAUAUUGUAUUGCUGUAAAUGGUGUAGAAUCAGGGUUUUAUGCAAGUUUUUUCUUUUUUUUUUUUUAAAGCUAUUUAUCAUUCCUGAGAUGUAUAUGUGUGGUUUGUACAAAUUUUAACGUAUGAUACCUUUACAGCUGCAGGAAUCUGCUUUUACUCAGUCACAUGCACAUCAGUAGUCGCAGGUUAAACUCAUGUAUGCCUUUUCAAACCUUUUUGUGUAACUCUAGAAAACACAGUUCAUCCCCAGGAUCUGUCCCCGUGAGUGGAAACGAUUUGCCCGAAAUCUCAUUACAGAUUUAGACUGAGCACUUUAUUUUUAUUCGUUUCUUAGAUGACGCUCAUUGUAAGAAGGGUAUUAUUUUGUCCCGGAGUGUUACUGAAGAGGUCUCUUCUCUCUGUAUUCAUGGCACCCUGGCUGAGAAUGAGAAUAAUUGUGACGCAGG